AAAUUUGUUGUUUCAUGCUUGUUUUUGGAUCCCCGCUUUCAACAUAUAUUGUCUCCGCAACAAAAAACCAACGCAAUAAAUCAUUUAAAAUCAAUUUGGGACAGACUAUAUAGUCUGAACCCUACUGGCAAUAUGUGUUCAACUCCCAACUCUAGCUUCAAUCAAAUAGACAACUUCUUUUAUGACGAGGAAGACGAAAUGUUAGAGGCCUAUUUAUCGCAAGGCGUUCAAUCAAAAGUAAAUAGUUCAAUAGACGUGUACACAAAAAUUGAAAAUCUACAACUUGCAUAUCAAAGAUUUGACAUAGACGUGCUAUCUUACUGGAAAGGAAAGCAGUAUACUGACCAGGAGUUAUACGCAGUUAGUAACGUUUGUUAUGCCGUACCGCCAACUCAGGUGUCGAUUGAACGAGCAUUCUCCACUCUGAGGCUGGUGCUUACCGACUACCGCAAUCGAUUAAGCCAGGAUGUUCUUGAGAACAUAUUGCUAUUCAAAUUAAAUCCCACCUUUUUGGACAUGGCCAUUGAUACUUUGCCACUUUUUGAAAACGAAGAACUUACUCUUAGUGGUUUAUAA